AUGUUGCACAGUGAAAACAUUGAAGAAAAAUGCGAAUGCAAUAAAAGUCGAAUACAUAACCAGUGGAUUCCAUUUGAGGAUUUUACUGAUAUAAAACAAAUUGGAAAGGGUAGUUUUAGUAAAAUUUAUGCGACCACAUGGACAAAAGGAAUAAUAAAAAGUUGGGACAGGAUAGAAAAAAGAUUUAAUCGAAAUGAAAAUCAAACUGUUGCAUUAAAAGUUCUCAAGAAAUCCCGAAAUGAUAUUUUCUCAAAGUUUUUAAAAGAGUUACAAAAUAUUGUUAAAUGCCAGUCUAAUUCUCAUAUGCAUCACAUUAUCCAAUGUUUUGGAGUAUCACAAGACCCAAAAACGAAAGAUUAUAUUUUUGUUAUGCCUUACAUGUCUAAUAGAAGUCUAGCCGAAUAUUUAUUUAAUAAUUUUAAGGAUAUUAUUUGGAAAAUGAAACGUGACUUUCUUAGGGAUAUUGUUACAGGCAUCAAAUGGAUUCAUGAAAAGCAAAUUGUACACCGCGAUAUACACUCUAGAAAUAUAUUAAUAGAUUCUGGUCCUAACCUCGUAAUUGCAGAUUUCGGGUUGAGUCGACCAGCAAAUGAUUUGGAUAGUUCAGAACAUGAGAUAUGUGGAAUUAUACCAUAUAUUGCGCCUGAAGUGCUUGAAAAAAAACAAUAUUCAUAUGGUUCAGAUAUUUACAGUUUAGGAAUGAUUAUGUGGGAACUUACAAGAGGUUAUCGCCCUUUCUCUGAUCGAAACCAUGACCAAUAUCUUAUACUUGAUAUAUGUAAUGGAUCACGACCAAUUAUCACUAAAGAUACUCCACACUGUUGGGCUAUUUUGAUGCAAAAAUGUUGGCACUCGGAUCCCUUAAAAAGGCCAACUAUUGAUGAAAUAUAUUAUGAAGUAAAUUCUAGAUAUUGGAAUGAGAAUGAAAGUUUUAUAAAAGAAGCUGAAGAUGAACGACAAGGAUUAUUUAAUGCCGGGAAAUUAACUGUUAAUUAUAUGCAUCCUCAUUCUAAAACUCACAGCCAAUUAUUAAAUCCUAUUAUAGACACUAUGCUUUUAAACUUACUUCAAGGUUCUAAAUCUUUUACAUUACCCCCUAUGGAUUCUUUUCGAAUUGGCAGCGAUACAUUUACAAUUAUACCACCUUCAAAAAAACACUCUAUCGAAUUUUUACUAAAUGAAGACGAUUAUGAUGAAAUAAAACGAAGAAAAUUAUCUGAUAAUGAAAUUCAAGAUUCUUCUCAAACCAUUAGCAAUUAUUCAUAUCAGAUUAUGGAUACACCCUUUGAAAAUGCCAACAGUUUAAAUUCAACGAUAAAUAUACCAUCAUCAAAAAAACACUCUAUUGAAUUUUUACUAGAUGAAAACAAUUAUAGAGGAAUAGCAUUGGCCAAAGCUUUACGUAAAAAUACCACCUUAACUAACCUAAAUUUAAGUUACAAUGAACUAUGUGAAUUAGGAGGAAAAGUACUAGCUAAAGCUUUAUGUAAAAAUAACACUUUAACUAACUUAGAUUUAAGUUCGAAUAAUCAUGGUGAAUCAGGAGGAAUAGCAUUGGCUAAAGCUUUAUGUAAAAAUACCGCCUUAAUGAAUUUAAUUUUAUAUGAUAAUAAAAUAGGUGAAUCGGGAGAAAAAGCACUUGCUGAUGCUUUAUGCAAAAAUAUGAUCUCAUCUAAUUUAGAUUUACGUCAUAUAAUCGUAUAA